AUGAGGGCCUACCUCAAGAGCGCAGAGGGCUUUUUCGUCCUCAAUAAAAGCACCACGAUUGGAAAGCAUGCGGACUCUGACCUCGUCCUCCAGUCUUCGGACAUCGACAACCACCACGCGCUCAUCGAGUACAACGAAGCAGAGGGCAGCUUUGUCCUGCAGGACUUCAACUCCCGCAAUGGCACGUUUGUCAACGAGUGCCACAUCCAGAACGUGGCGGUGAAGCUGAUCCCCGGAGACAUCCUGAGGUUCGGCUCUGCCGGGCUCACCUACGAGCUGGUCAUUGAGAACCCGUCCCAGGUCUCCUACGCCUGGGUGCAGGGCCCGGCACCCUGGCCCCAGUCGCAGUCACCUAGGGGCUCCCUCCCGUCCAACCACCUGUUCUCAUCGCCCUUCCACCACUGUAUGCGGUCCAUGCCGGUGCACAGGAGCUGGUCCCAGGGCUUCCCCGGGGCCUCCGUGGUCCCGCCUGCCUCCUACCAGCGGCCGGUCAGCGCCGGCGGAAAGAUGUUCUUCACCAUGGACCCCAAGUCCCCUGUCAUCAAGCAAGUGUGGGCCAGCACGGUGGAGCUGUCAGAAGAAACGGUGGCUGAGGGGCUCCCAGGGGCCAUGCCCGCCACCGAGAUCUUUAUGGACCAGGACCUGAGCCAGCAGGACAAGGACGAGAUCAUCAUGCUCCUGGGGAGGGAGGUGAACCGGCUCUCCGACUUCGAGGUCGAGUCCAAGUACAAAGAUGCGGUGAUCAUGAGCCUGCGGCACGAGGUGUCUGACCUGAGCUACCGGCUGUCGGAGUCGGCCGCCGGCACGUCUGGCGAGCGGGACGGGCCGUGCAAGUGCCCAGGGCCCGGCGAGGCCACAAAUCUCAACCAGAUGGAGAUCCAGAACUUGAAAAGCCAGAUCAGCGCCCUUCAGAAAGGCUACAGCGAGGUGCUGUGCCACACCCUGUCAGAACGGAACUUGGAAAUCACCUCCCUGAAGAACGAGGGGGAGAGCUUGAAGAGGAACAACGCCAUCUCCUCAGAGAUGGUGACGUCGCUGCAGAAAGACGUGCUGGCGAAGAGCGAGCAGGUCCAGCAGCUGAAGGAGGAGGUGGACCAGCUGAAGAGCAAGAACAAGGAGAAGGACCAGCAGCUGGAGGCCCUGGGCUCCCGCUGCACAGGACUGAAAGAAGAGUUAAAAAAGGAAGAAGCCCAGAAGGAGCAGCGGGAAGCCCAGGAGAAAGAGUUAAAGCUUUGCAAAAACCAAAUACAAGACAUGGAGAAGGAAGUGAGGCGGCUGAGAGAGGAGCUGAAGAAGAGCGGUAGUGAACAGAGCGCCAUCUCUAGGACCCUUCGGGAAAAGAGCAAGGUGGAAGAGAAACUUCAGGAAGAUUCCAGAAAGAAAUUGCUUCAACUGCAAGAACUGGGGAACCGAGAGGGCCUCAUUAAAACCAAUUUGGAGAGGGCAGUAGGUCAGCUGGAGCACUUCCGAAGCCAGGUCAUCAAAGCCACCUUCGGGCGCACAAAGCCGUUCCAGGACAAGCCCGUCACCGACCAGCAGCUGAUCGAGAAGAUCAUGCAGAUCACUGAGGACAGCCUCAGCUUCCAGCAGAGAAAGUGGAGCCUACAAAAGGAGACACCACUCAGCAGCGCUAAGCAGGAAGAGACCGUGGAGGGCAUCGAGAGGCUGAGGUCCCUGCUGGACAGCUGCCAGGCCUGCAUGAAACGGUCUUGCUGUAGCAGCGACCUGCGGCGGGAGCUGGACCUGCUCCGGCGCCUGGACGUGAGGCCGCCCGUGUCCGCUCUCCAGAGAGUCAGCCUGGACGUGGUGAGCCUCUCCGUGUCCUGGGUGGAGGAGGUGGAGAAGCUGCUCGGUGACGUCGGCAUCCAGCUCUCCGACUCUGACAAAGGGGAAGGUCAGCAGUUCUCAGGAAACACAGCAGGCUUUGCUGCAGGAAAAGCUGCGGGAGCACCUGGUGGAGAAGGAGAAGCUGAACGAGGAGAAGCUGGAGCAAGAGGAGAAGCUGAAAGCCCGGAUCCAGUGGCUGCUGGAAGAGAAGGCAGUAAGGCCCUGGAGGACAACAUUUCUCAAGAGAAAAGCAGAGGGAAGGAGGCCUUGGAGAAGGAGCAGCUGAGAGUCCGCGAGCUGGAGGGCCGCCUGGCCCACCAGAAGGCUCUGGAGAACGGCAUUGCUCAAGAGAGGAACCGGGCGAAGGAGGCGCUGGAGGCUGCUCAGGGCAGAGUCCAGGAGCUGGAGAGCUGCCUGGCCCGCCAGAAGGAGGCCCUGGAGGACAGCGUGGCCCAGGAGAAAAGGAAGUCUAAGGAGGUGCUGGAGGCCGAGAGGAGGCGAGUGCAAGACCUGGAGAACCACCUGACCCAACAGAAGGAGAUCUCGGAGAACAGCAUCUCCUACGAGAAACUCAAAGCGAAGGAGGCCUUGGAGAAGGAAAAGAAGAAGGUGCAGGACCUGGAGAACCGUUUAACCAAGCAGAGAGAGGAGAUAGAAUUAAAGGGGCAGAAAGAAAACAUCCUAAAUAAUAAACUAAAUGACGCGCUGGCCAAGGUGGAAGAGACGCAGCAGACGAAGACGGUGGAAAGUCUAAAAGCGGAGAAACUCGCCCUGAAAUUAAAUGAAACGUUAGCCGAGCUGGAAACGGCCAAGACAAAAAUGAUCGUGAUGGAGGAGCGGCUGCGGGUGCAGCAGCAGGCCAUGAAGUCCUUGCAGGACGAGCGGGAGUCCCAGAAGCACGGAUUUGAGGAGGAAGUCCUGCAGUACAAGGAGCAAAUCAAGCAGCACUCGCAGACCAUCGUGAGCCUGGAGGAGAGACUUCAGCAGGUCACGCAGCAGCACAAGAAGAUCGAAGGGGAGAUCGCCACUCUGAGGAUCAGUGACCCAGCUCCGAAGGACGAGGCGCCCCAGGAUCCUCCCGCGGAGCCCACCCUGCAGGACUGUGGCAAGGAGGUGGUGUGCGACCACUUGAUAGACGACCUGCUGCUGGCGCAGAAGGAGAUCCUGUCGCAGCAGGAGAUCAUCAUGCACCUGAGGAGAGACCUCAACGAGGCCCACAGCCGGAUGUCGGAUCUGAGAGGGGAGCUGAGCGAGAAGCAGAAGAUGGAGCUAGAGCGGCACAUGGCGCUGGUCCAGCAGCAGAGCAAGGAGCUGGGCAUGCUCCGCAUGAAGAUGGUGCAGAUGAGCAGCACGGUGGACAAGAAGGACAGGGAGCUGAAGCUCCUCAAGGAGGCGCUCAGGAUCUCCCAAGACAAAAGCAAACUCCAGCUGAGCGUGGAGAAGGAGCCCAAGCCCCGGAAGCCCACCCAGAAAUGCGACAUCUCCUUACAGAUAGAGCCCAUCCACCCAGACGUCUUCUCCAGCAGCCAAGAGGAACAAUCCUUCAGCGAUCUGGGGGCUAAGUGCAGAGGGUCCCGACACGAGGAGGUCAUUCAGCGGCAGAAGAAGGCCUUGUCCGAACUCCGAAUGCGGAUCAAAGAAUUGGAGAAGGCCGGCUCGCCCAAUCAUAAGGACCACCUGAAUGAAUCAGUUCUAGAAUUAAAGCCUCUCAGGAUGGAAAACGUCCAGAAAAUAUUAUUAGACGCAAAACCCGAUUUGCCAACUCUCUCAAGAAUAGAGAUCCGAGCGUCCCAGAACGGCUACUCCAACACGGGCUGCAGCCCCGCCGCGGGAAAGUCGGGGACGUCGGACAUGGCCGAAGCCUUAGAUCUCAGUGAAAAGCUGUACAUGGACAUGAGCCGAACCCUGGGGAGCCUGAUGAGCAUCAAGGACAUGUCGGGCCACGUGUCCCUGAAGCACCUGUCCCCCAAGGAGAGGGAGAAAGUCCACCACCUCCGGCAGCGGGACCUGGACCUGGUGUUCGAUAAGAUCUCCCAGCUCAAGAUGCGGCUGCAGAGGAAGGAGGAGCUCUUGAGAGGCUACGAGCAGGACGUGGAACAGUUGAGACAGAGCAAAGUGUCGGUGCUGACGUACCAGUCGCAGCUGGCGAAGCUGGAGGACGACGUCUACAGGGAGACGGAGGAAAAGGCGCUGCUGAAGGAGGCGCUGGAGCGCACCGAGCUCCAGCUGAGCCAGGAGAAGAGGCUCAACAGGGUCAUGAAGCAGCAGAAGGUUGGAACCAAAAAACCCACACCAAAGACAGACCAAGAAAGAGAGACAAAGAAAGAAACACCCCACAAACCCGGCCAGAAGCUUUUGCUCCCUAAGCCUGGUGGAAGGAACUAGAAAAACCAUCCACCCACCUGACCUCUCCGGAUCCUCCUGUGAGCCAAUCGGACCUCCACGUCCAAACACAAAGGCCCUUUUGUAGGACUUCACAGAGUGUCUGCUUCCUAGCCCUUUUGGAUUGUGUGUAUUUUGGAGUAAGCUAGAAGAUAACUGGUUAAAAUACAUCUCAACCUGUAUGUUGGGCACAGGAAGAAAACAUUCGUAGCCCAGACUUGUAUCUAGCUAUGAGGAUGGACUGCUUGGCGUUUGGGUCAUGGAGGACCCCAGUUGAGAG